GGCGGCGCCCGGGAGAUGCACCUCACUCCAGGCCUCUGGAGGGAGCCUGGGGAUCAGGAGAUCUUGUUUGGGGUCCUGGCAGAGUCCCAAGUUUACACUGCCUCCAAGGCCAGCCAUUUACCCUAGCAGGGCCUGUCUGACUAUCCAUAAAAUAAAGGGGCCCGGACUUGGUUCACUGGUCAGCACCGAGGCUGUGAUCAGGAAGGAGUUAACUGAGGUCGGGCUCUGGGUCAGAAAGGGUUAAUCCGGGGGGGUGGAGGCUCUCUCAGCUUUUCCUGUGGAGAGUGAGGUUUGGCUGCCACCAAAGUUACUUCUAUUCCCCGCUGUCCCUCCUGCCCUCAGUCUGGAACUGCUAGGGACGCCUGCAAUUCAGCCUCCCCACGCAGAGGAAGUCCCAGCUAAUUGCUAUUGGCUCCUCUGUGUACCUCCAGCGGCUUAUGGGGCACUGUGCUGCCCAGCUCUGCUAAGAUGCUCCUGGCCUCUCCCUCCACCCCAUCCAGGGGACGGACCCCCAGCGCUGUGGAGAGGCUGGAGGCGGACAAAGCCAAGUAUGUCAAGACACACCAGGUGAUAGUACGGCGACAGGAGCCAGCCUUGCGUGGAGCCGCGGGACCGCUCACUCCGCACCCCUGCAAUGAGCUAGGGUCCCCUGCAUCGCCCAGGACGCCCGGACCAGCCCGUCGGGGCAGUGGCAGGCGGCAGCCAAGGCCUGACUCCCUUAUCUUCUACCGCCAGAAGCGGGACUGUAAGGCUUCAGUGAACAAAGAGAACGCCAAGGGCCAAGGGCUGGUGCGGCGCCUCUUUCUGGGGAUCCCCCGGGACGCUGCCCCGAGCAGCCCCGGCCCCACCGAGCGACCCGCGGCUCCAGGGGGUUGGCCCGCGCCCCAGGAUGCCCCGGAGGCGCCAGGAAAGCGGGCGCUGUGCCCCACGUGCUCGCUGCCCCUGUCUGAGAAGGAGCGUUUCUUUAACUACUGCGGCCUGGAGCGCGCGCUGGUGGAGGUGCUGGGAGCCGAUCGCUUCUCCCCGCAGAGCUGGGGCGCCGACGCCAGCCCCCAGUCCGGAACUUCGCCGCCGCCGCCCGGCUCCGGGGACUCCAGCGACUGUACAUCCAGCGACGGGGGCGCGGCCGGCCGGGACGCUGCGGGCGGAGGCGGUGGCUCGGAGGCUGCGGGCUCCGAGCGGGACGGGCGGCCGGCGGUGUCGGUGGUGGAGCGCAAUGCGCGCGUCAUCCAGUGGUUGUACGGCUGCCAGCGCGCCCGAGGCCCGCCGCGCGAGUCCGAGGUGUGACGGUGGCCGCUACGGCGGCGGCGCCCUGGGAGUUGGGAGCGCGGGACUGUACCUGGGCACCCGCGGGACGCCCUGCCGCUGACGCGCGCGGUGCCUGUAGGCGAGCCCUUCCUCUGGAUCUCAGUUUACCCAGCUGAACCUUGGGGAGAUGGGACAAAACGAGCCCGAAGGCCUUUCCCAGGGGAGGCAGCGGUCUCGUGGCUGGUGUCGAGGCCAGUUCUGGGGAGUGAUGACUGGACUGGGAGAUGAACAACCUACUGAAUAAAUCGAAAACAUCAUUUAAGUGGGUCGUGAGUUUAGAUUGCGGGCAGUUGUUGAAGAAGAGGGUGAGCAGGUUUGCGUGGUUAAGCGCAUCCGUUUUGGAGUGUGGGCUACAGGCUGACUGUGUGACCCAGGGCAAGCACUUAACCUCUCUGGAUAAAAGCUGCACCCCUCAGUUUUCAAAGGGAGGAGAGAGUAGUAGAUAAUGAAAAAAAAAAAAAAAAAAUAGCAAAGUGUCUGGAAUAUAAAAAAGUGCUCAAGAAACUAUAGCUGCUUUGACUACUAUCAAGUUAGCACCAACAUUAAAAGAAUCAUUUCUGCCACCAACCCAAAAGUCGAUCCAAACUAGAGCUGGGAAUACCUGGGGAGGGGGAUGUUUUAGAAAUCUGGGGUCCAUUGACCAGCCCCACGGUCCCCAUUCCCGAAGCUUUGCUGCCUCCCUGUGGUCAGUGGAUAAGAAGGACUAAGAAACGAGGAUCUGAAAUUGAGGUCACUAAAAGAAGGGACCCUUCAAACCAGGAUUUUGCCAGCCAGCAACCUCACAACCUGCUACUGCCUCCCUUUCUCUCAAGGACACACGGGUCCCACGUCCUCUCAGGUUCCUACUUCUAAGUCUUUGUUCACGCUCCCCCUCCCUUGGCCUGGGUUACCUUUCCCUUUCUCCACUCACCAUAAAAACCAUGUAUGUUUUCCUGGAAACCCUCCUGAUUUCCCCAGUCUUACCUCCUCUGAGCUCUCCUCUGCAGCCCCUUUUGUGCCUCUAUUUGUCACCUUGUGUGGGACCCGCUGGUAGGGAGUUCUC